ACACACUUUCAGAGCCCAUAAUUUGUUCGCUCGCUCGCACAGAGAAUCGGCGCGAGACGAAGAGAGCAAAAUGGCGGAGGAAUUACAGGACAACGAUGCUGCUCCUAACGAAGACGCCAUGGAUACGGAGGUUGAUAUAGAGGCGAAGAUUCAGAACGCUAUGCUCUCCCGCGUCUCUCACUUCAAGGAACAAGCCGAUUCUUUAACUUUUGAGGGGGUUAGAAGAUUGUUAGAAAAGGACUUGUGCUUGGAGACGUAUGCGUUAGAUGUGCAUAAAAGAUAUAUCAAGCAGUGUUUGGUGAAGUGCUUAGAAGGUGUUGAGGAAGACAAUGCCUCAAAGGAUUCUGAGGAAACUGGGGGGAAAAGUGUAAGUAGAGAAGAAGCGGCCAAGUCACUUGAAGGGCGUCAGUCCAAGAAAGGUGUAAAGGAACCUUGCUUGGAAGAUGAGGAGAAAAUGGAAGACUCUCCAGUUAUGGGCCUUCUCACAGGACAGAAAACAACAAAUGUGAAACCUGAGGGAAUCAAAGACGAAGAUGACAAAGAUAUUCCUAGCGAGAGUAUAAUUAAGAAAGCUAUCAGGAAAAGAACUUCUUAUCUUAAAGCUAAUUCAGAGAAAGUUACUAUGGCUGGAGUUCGCCGCCUUCUGGAGAAUGACCUUAAACUUACUAAAUAUGCUCUCGAUUGUUGUAAGAAGAUUAUAAGCCAGCAAGUGGAGGAGAUAUUAAAUUCUUGUGAAGCUGCUGAACAAGUUCCUAACGAAAAGAAAAGUUCUCAGUUGAAAACUCCAAAAAAGGUAAGCAAAGAAAGUUCUCAUUCUACAGAAGGCAGCAGCAGUGAGGAGGAAAACGAUGAAGUAAAACCUAGAAAGAAAAAUGCUACUAAAGGAAGAAUACCGAACUCUAAUGAAACGAAAAAGCGAAAAAGAUCUGCAAAGGAGACUGUCUCUGCCAAGAAGCAAAGCAAGAAUGUUCAGCCUACAUCAGAGAAUGAUAGUGAUGAAGAAGGUGGUGAAAAUGUCUCUGAAGAUGGCCGGUCUGAAUCAUCCAGUGAAAAACCUGUCAAGACCUUACAGAAGGAAGUUUCAACUGCUGUCUAUGGCAAGCGUGUGGAGCAUCUGAAAUCGGUUAUCAAAUCGUGUGGGAUGAGUGUUCCUCCAGCAAUUUAUAAGAAAGUCAAGCAGGCACCUGAAAGCAAACGUGAAUCCCAACUUAUAAAGGAGUUGGAGGGGAUACUAUCUAGAGAAGGAUUAUCUGCUAAUCCCACUGAAAAAGAAAUUAAAGACGUCAGAAAGAAGAAGGAAAGAGCCAAGGAACUUGAAGGCAUUGACUUGAGUAAUAUUGUUUCAAGUUCACGUAGAAGAUCCACAGCUAGUUAUGCGGCGCCACCACCACCACCUCCAAAACCGAAAAUUCCAGUUGAAACUGAUGGUGAUGUUGAUGAUACCGAUGAGGAGGAAGAUGAUGAAGAAGAUGAUGAGGAGGAGGAUGACCACGACGAAGAGGAUAAUGGUGGUGAUGAUGAAAGCCAGGGUGAAGAAUUUAACGAGGACGACAACGAAGACAGUGAUUAAAGAGCAUUCAAAAUUAGUUGCCGCAGGUUCUCGAUCAUCUUAGUAACGAUCUACACUGUAAUUUGUUUUCUAUUUAGUUCUUCUUUCCUUCUAUUUUUAUUGGAGAGUUUGUAGUCACCGAUAUUAGAGCUAUAUCUAGGAGAUGGGACGAAGUCUUGUACAAUAUUGUUCACUCUUAAUGUUAAACAUGAAAUAAAAAGUAAAAAAAAAACCCUAUAAUUUUGAUUU